AGGGUUACCGCGCCCAUCUCUGCUGUUUGAUGGCCGCAGGAAGAAGCGACUGAGAUCCUGGCGUGAAGGAAGAAACAGAAGGGGACGACGACGGUUGGGAAAGACGAGGAAGGGACAUUAGCUUUAGUUGGAAUAUUUUUUUAACCAAACAUUGGGAACGAACAAACGAGGCUUUGGCUCUUCCGUCUGGGUGAAUACCGCCUCGUCUCUGCGCCUCUGAGCCGGUGUGUCUCCCCCUGUCAGUGGGUUAAAAAAAAACUGGGUUCGGGGAGUGCCGCUCCUCGGUGGCUAAACUUGAUCAAUCUGAGCGCCUGGGCUAAGAGGACACACAACAUUUAACCGUUUCCAGUCAAUGUGAUACAAACGACGGAUACCUUCGAUUGAAAGCGGAUCAGCAAGAGUCUAGGCGGCGGAGCGAAGCGCACCAUUAGCAGAGGAAAAUGAGUGAACUGGAUCAGCUACGCCAGGAGGCUGAGCAGCUCAAGAACCAGAUCAGAGAUGCCAGGAAAGCGUGUGCGGAUGCUACCCUGUCUCAGAUCACAGCUAACAUCGACCCCGUUGGCCGAAUUCAGAUGCGCACUAGACGGACACUGAGGGGGCAUUUGGCUAAAAUCUAUGCCAUGCACUGGGGAACUGACUCAAGGCUUUUGGUCAGCGCCUCCCAGGAUGGCAAACUCAUUAUUUGGGACAGCUACACCACGAACAAGGUCCACGCCAUCCCACUGCGCUCCUCCUGGGUGAUGACAUGCGCCUAUGCUCCUUCUGGGAACUACGUUGCCUGUGGUGGCCUGGACAACAUCUGCUCCAUCUACAACCUGAAGACCCGUGAAGGAAAUGUGCGCGUCAGCCGUGAGCUGGCCGGACACACAGGUUACUUGUCCUGCUGUCGCUUCCUGGAUGACAACCAGAUUGUAACGAGCUCUGGAGACACCACCUGUGCUCUGUGGGACAUUGAAACUGGUCAACAGACAACUACAUUUGCUGGUCACACCGGUGACGUGAUGAGCCUCUCCCUGGCGCCGGACAGCAGACUGUUUGUGUCUGGAGCCUGCGAUGCCUCAGCCAAGCUCUGGGACAUCAGAGAAGGAAUGUGCCGACAGACCUUCACUGGCCACGAGUCAGACAUCAAUGCCAUCUGUUUCUUCCCCAAUGGCAACGCCUUCGCCACGGGCUCAGAUGACGCCACCUGCCGGCUUUUUGACCUGCGUGCCGACCAGGAGCUGAUGGUUUACUCACAUGACAACAUCAUCUGCGGCAUCACCUCCGUAGCAUUCUCUAAGAGCGGCCGCUUACUGCUGGCUGGCUAUGAUGAUUUCAACUGCAACGUCUGGGACACUUUGAAGGGCGACCGCGCAGGUGUCCUGGCUGGUCAUGAUAACCGGGUGAGCUGCUUGGGUGUGACCGACGAUGGCAUGGCAGUGGCAACAGGGUCCUGGGACAGCUUCCUCAAGAUCUGGAACUAGAGUCCGAAGAUGUCAUCCGGACUCCAAAGUUGAGUGAAAGACCAUUCCAACAUCACAAUGUUCAUUUUAUUGCAUAUCCAAUCUUUUUUGAAAGAAAAAAACACCAUGAUACUGACUCCAAACACCCCCCCUCCCCCCCUAAAAAAACAAAAAAAAAAACUAUCAAGGGCAAAAAUUCUCUCCUCCUCUCUUCUUCUCAUUUAAAAGAGCACAAUUGUCUCACUCAUUCAGCUUAGAAAAAAAUUACACAAAAAAAGCUUGAGGAAUUUAGUGAUUUCCAAGUGGGCUGCUGGGGGUAAAACCUCUCCAACAAUAGUCUGGUAAUGUAAUAAAUGAAAAAUACGAAGCCCCCUCCCACCACUGCUACACCACACAGCAAAUGUGUCCUGCAUCCUCCUUAUGCACAGGUCUGAAUGAAGGCAGUGAUCUAACUCUUCAUGGCUUUUUGACCAUGUUUCUUUUGCUUCUCUGUUCAUCAUUACACUCUGUUGAAGAGAGGUAGAUCAGUGAACUGUCAGUUAAUGUUUAAAACGAGGAUCAAAGCUUUGAUUUAUUUCCUAGUCUUUAGGCGAAUGUUUAUAGACCGAGAAGCAAGCGAAGCUCCAGACCGCGUCAUCGUAAGCCCAGCUUUAUCCCACUGGAGAACAAAGUGAGAGAAUUCAGCUUCAACGGGGAGUCCUCAAGCCACAUCUCACCCUUCUGUAUAUUUAGCUCCAUGAUACUUUAAUGUUCCUUUUUAUUUUAUUUUUUUUUUUUUUUCCAGUGUAGUCCACAGAUCUUUGUUUGCACAAAAAUUAAACGUUGCAUAUAUAGGAUAAUGUCUAAAGGAAAAAAGUUAACUAACCAAGCACAUGCUGUUUAUGAUAAUGAAUGCUUGUUUUUAAAAUGUAAAAAAGAAAAACAAAAAAAAAAAGAAACAUUUUAACCAUUCUUACACCUUUCUGUCUGGCAACAGUGUAGAAUAAUUAAAUGAAGAUUAACCCAUCAGAUCAUAAUCUACCCUGCCCACCCUUUUCCUUUUUGUUCCUUUAUUCCCCCCCUACUUUUACUUUAGCUCUCCCUGGUUUCUGUUGCCCGUGGUCGGGACCGGUGAGGUGAUCUGGUUGAGUAGGGACUACCUCCGCUUUAGCCCGGUUGCGCUCCGGAUGUUUCUUUUUAACAGAGGGUCCCAUUCCGUGCUUGGAAAUGCAGUUACUACUCUGUGAAUGACAUGUUGUAUAAAUCAAUGUUUGAAAAUAAUGAUAUUGAAACUUUUUAAGU